AUGGAUAUGCUGAAGUUGCGAUCAGCACGAGAAGCAAUUGAAGAAAAGAGGCAGCAAUGCUGCACCAACCGGUGGGCAGAUUGCAGUGCAUUCGAGGAGGAGCUGAUGGCGACAAAUCCAAAGCCCGACAAGGCUUUGGCCGCUGCGGCCCUGGGGGUUCUCCAGGGAACUAGAGGAGGGGGGCAGGGAGGGGCAGACAGCCCCACCAAAGUGACGGGGGGGCCGUCCGCCCCCAAGCCACAGCAGCCUCUGGAUCCAGAGAAGAAGAAAGUAAAGAAGAUGAAGACGGCCAGCAACAAGGCUUUUGCAGAAUUCAAGAGGGAUGUUGGCAGCAGGCUGACCAGGAUUGAGCAACUACUGGAGCAGCAAGCCAUCAUGCUGCGGUACCCCGCCCCCAUAUACCCCCAGAUGGUCCCCGCCCCCAAUGGAGCCCCUCCCGCCCCAUCUUCUUUAGCCCCCCGCGGACAAGCUUACCCCCCCCUUCCACCCCCGGCCAGGCCCCUACCCAAACCUUCCAUAUACCCCCCCCCAUCACAGCCGCCAAUCCAACCGAGCACGUCAGCAGUCUCGGGGGGCGCGGACGACGGAGACCCGAAGCGACGGCGGCUGUUUGCGGGGAUGGACCUGCGGGACCACCGAAAGGUGUCAAACAAGCGGGGGGGGAGGGGCACGCGCAAGACGUGUAGAAAGUGCGCGGCGGAGGGGAUUGAGAACGUGCUCCUGAUGGGGCAUAAGUGUCCGUAUGGGGAGGCGAGGGCGGUCAGCGGGGUGAAGGAGGUCGCAGGAAAUAAGAGGGCUAGCGACGGGACGCCUUUGAGUACGAUUGAUCCCAUCCGGCCAAGGGGACCCAUGCAGAGUAUGCUGCCACCGGUGGAUACGAUGCUGGCCCCAGGGGCGAUGGGCUUGCCGAGCGCUCCGCAAGGCGUGUUUGGGGCUCUUCCACCUCAUCAACAACUUAUACCCAGCUCCCAGUCUGGUACAGGGGGCAAGGCAGGAUAGGGAAGGCCGGUGGACUUGUGAACCGACUUGGAGAUGACAGGGCAUGCAAGGUGCGAGGCAAAGGAGCGAGCUGGUCGGGUGCGUGCGAACGAUGGGACCAUGUAUAUUCGGAUCUGCACACGAUACUUGAAGCUAUUAGAUAUAGGGACUUACCAACUGGAUUUAGGAGCAUGAGACAUCCUUCAUGUUAAGGAAAGCAUUAUCAAAGCAUAUGCGUUUGCAACUGGAUGUCAGUCCAUUCGCAUGACUCAGAAUCAAUCUAUAUGCAGAAGGCUGCUGUUCACGUGCUGGUAUUCUAGAAGGAGAUGGGACUAUUAUUGAUCCCGAUUUGGUUCGCUUUUAAAAGCGCUUUCCCGAUAGGUUAAGUGGGUCUCUUAUCGGAUGUUGCUGGGU